AUGAAAUUCCUUUACAUUUGCUUGUGUUUGGGUGGAGCUCUAGCAUGCCAGUUCAAGGGGAAAACCUAUAAGAAUGAAGAGGAAUGGACCGAAAAUGAAGCGUUCAAGAUGAAAUGCAAGAUUGACCCGAAUGGAUCGUGGCGAACAGAAGUCUCUGGAUGCGUCACUCCCGAUAAGACAGUGGUACCCGUUAAUGGUGAAGUAGACAUCGGUGACCAUAUAUGGGAGUGCAAAAUGAACGAAGGCGGUCAAAUUACACUGAAGCAAAAAAUGAACAAACAUGCUGCAUGCAAUGGACAUCCUUUUGAUUCUGAAUGGCAAGAGAAAUCAUUCCAAUUCAAAUGUGGUGAGAAUGGAGUGCCAAAGUUCAUCGGAUGCGUCACUUCUUCAGGUGCUCUUAUUAAGGAAGGAGAGAAGAAAUCGGUUGACGGAUUCGAAAUGGAAUGCAAGAAGCACGCAAACGGAACGGUAACCCUUGGUGUGCUUGAUCGAGCUGUUGAUGCCAAGUGCAAAGAUUCAAACGGCAAAGAGAAGAACCAAGGUGAAAAAUGGGUCGACAACCAAUAUUUCGAGAAGGUUUGCAAAGAGCGUGGACGUGUGGAAAUUACUGGAUGCCGUGUUGAAGCUGUCGAUGAUCUGAUUCCUGUUAACGGCAAAGUAUCAGCUGGUAACUUGGAAUACCAUUGCGAGGCUAAGGAUGGAUCUUACAAAUUCUACAGUAAAGUGAAGGCACACUAA